AUGGAUGUAAGGAACGAUACAACCACUAAAUAUAAUUUUAACAUGUAUAGUGCCUUUCCACAUUUUAUCAAAGCUCGAGGUUGUGCGGGUAUUUUUGCCGUUGGAACAAAUCUUUAUACAGAAAAAUGCAGUUUUAAAUCGAAUAAGAUGAUAUAUGGCGGAUCAUUUGAUAAUGCCCAUGAUGUCGGCGUUGAUGUAAUGCUAUAUAAUGAAGAUGAGAUUCCUAUUUUUUGGUAUACAGUCAACGAUUGCUUUAGAGAUUGGCAUCUUUCCACUUCUUUGAUUGGGAAAGGAUAUAUUCAAUUUGUUAACAAUUCUGAUUGUACGCAUAAUGACUCUUAUCCAAUAACAGAAACUUAUAAUGUAUCAAUUCCAAAAGCAACAUCAAGUAAUGCAGUUUCAAAAAUUGAAACAUCCUCUGUUCCAGAUCCAACUAGCUAUACAUUUGUUGCAACUCCGAUUACAAAAUUGCCAAUGGCUACAACUCAGAGUGUAAAUUUUUCUCAUGCUUCCAUUUACACAAAAACAACAAAAUUUUCAUAUAUACCAUCAUUAGAACGCACUCCACCACCAACACUGCAUACUACUCCAAUCCAAACUCCCGAAUUUACUUUAUUCCCAUCAACACCAUUACCAACACUUAAACCCAAUGAAACAGAAUCAAUUAUUGAAACAUUGACACAAAUUUUGACAACCACAAAAAUCAUUGAAUCAUCUUCAACACUCGUUGAAACAAACAUUACGGAGUAUACCCUUACAAAUACGACAUCAUCAACAACUGCUGAGGAGACAUUAACUUACUUCGAAACUUAUAUCAAUUCAACAAUUAUUCGCAAAACAUUGAUUUCUCAAGUUACUUUUUAUGUUGUUCCAACAUCAAUUUAUAUCAUAACAAAUGUUACAUACAUCACUAUCAUAUAUGUUGAAGAUAAUACACACGCAAGCUCCAUGAAAUCAUCAACUGUAAUUCUUAUAUCAGCCAUUGUUAUUGCAUCCAUUUUCUGUUUAGCUUUGAUUGGCAUUACAUUAUACAGAAAAUCUCGUGAUGCACCAUCAACAAGCUCUACUUUCGAAGAAACUGCCGACUUAGAUGAUGAUCCUGAACGUACUAUGACCGAUAUUCAUUUCCUUGAGGAUGAUACACCAGAUAUCGCUGUGCAAAAUUUAGGUGAAGAUGAAAUGUUCGAACCUACGAAUCAAUCCAAUCUUGAAGAUGAUGAUAAGUUCCUCCAUGGUGAUUUCUAA